GUUCAUCAGGAAAACCGCGGAAAGCGAGCACUCUGCUCAACCCAGAGAUACGCACCACACAGUCAGAGAGAGAGAGACACAGAGAGAGGGAGAGAGGGACACACAGUCAGAGAGAGAGAGACAGAGAGAGGGAGAGAGGGACACACACGCAGACCCAGAGACAGAGAGAGAGAGAGAGUGAGCCCCACAGACACACACACACACACACACACACACACAGAGGGAGAGCCACACACACACAUACACAGACGCAGAGACAGAGAACAGAAGAGGGUGGAGACAUCGAGAGAUCUCACGAUCCUACACCACACAGCAGCACACAGGAUCCCAGAGGCGCAGCGGAUCCCAGAGGCACACGGAUCCCAGAGAUACAGCAGCGCAGCGGAUCCCAGAGGCACAGCGGAUCCCAGAGGCACAGCAGCGCAGCGGAUCCCAGAGGCACAGCGGAUCCCAGAGAUACAGCAGCGCAGCGGAUCCCAGAGGCACAGCGGAUCCCAGAGGCACACGGAUCCCAGAGGCACAGCAGCGCAGCGGAUCCCAGAGGCACAGCGGAUCCCAGAGGCACAGCAGCGCAGCGGAUCCCAGAGGCACAGCGGAUCCCAGAGGUACAGCAGCGCAGCGGAUCCCAGAGGCACAGCGGAUCCCAGAGGCACAGCAGCGCAGCGGAUCCCAGAGGCACAGCGAAUCCCAGAGGUACAGCAGCGCAGCGGAUCCCAGAGGCACAGCGGAUCCCAGAGGCACAGCAGCGCAGCGGAUCCCAGAGGCACAGCGGAUCCCAGAGGUACAGCAGCGCAGCGGAUCCCAGAGGCACAGCGGAUCCCAGAGGCACAGCAGCGCAGCGGAUCCCAGAGGCACAGCGGAUCCCAGAGGUACAGCAGCGCAGCGGAUCCCAGAGGCACAGCGGAUCCCAGAGGCACAGCAGCGCAGCGGAUCCCAGAGGCACAGCGGAUCCCAGUUGCCCGGGUGGCGGUAGAACCGGAGCAGGUUCCCUGCAGCCUGGAUUUGGUACCGCGGCCGGUUGAUCCGGAUUCCAAGCAGAUUGCCUGGAGCCCCCGGCACUAGGUGUCAGUUUCCCUCCCUCCGGCCCUGGAGGCAGCAAUGCUCUGCAAUGUUAUCCUUGCUGCUUUGCUGUUAACUGCAGAGUUCAGUCUCAGGAUUUCAGCAAAAGAAAAUACAUCAGAACUAUUGACCCAAAGUGAUGGACUCGGACAUGGUUUAUCUAAAACCUCUCAAUCAACCACCCCAGCUUUACUCACAAGCAACAAAGUAUUGACUGCCGACAGACCUAGUGAAGCUACUGCAUCCAGCCCUAUAGCUACUGUGCCCACAAGCACCAAAUUCAAUGCUGAGAGUUCAGAGAGAUUGACAUCAACAAACACAAUCUCUACUAGAGGGUUAUCAACAGUAACAGCCACAGGAGGUACCGCGACUGUCCCUAUACUUUUCCAACAAGGCCUUGAAACACAGACAACUGAUGCUACAAGUGGGCCACAGUCAACAUCAAGCCACUCAACAGAUACUAAUUCAUCACCAACUGUGUCGACCUCAAGCCAAAUAACAAAUCAAUCCCAUAGUUCACCAACCGUCCAAACUGCAAGGAGCUCACGGCCUUCUUCAAGUUUAGCCCCGUCAACAGGUACCAGCCCACAGCUACCAAAAUCAACAAUUAUCGGUGUAUCACAGUCAACGUCAACUUUAAACCCGUCUACAGGUUUUGGGCGGUCAUCUGCAACAGUUCAACUGUCCCCAGCAUCUACUUCUGUACAAUCUGCAGGAACAUCCAGUGCACGGUACAGUUCAACCAUUGCCCAAACUGUAGCCACCACAAGUCCAUCAAAGGCUUCCGACACUGUCAGUCAACAAACUGAACCAACAACUGCACCACCUGUAACUUCCACUGCACCCCAGGCCGAAAGCAGCCCGACCACACUGGAAACAACAUCUAUUACAAAUGGGGAGAAAACCAUUGCUAUGAUCACAACCUCUUUGUCUUCAUUGUCAACUGCAAUGCCAUCAACUUCACACAAACUGGGUUUGACAACCUCACAACAGAAGGUCAGCACAGCAUUCCCUUCAACACAGGAAGUCACCACAAGCACAGAAGAAUUCCCAAACAGUUUGAGUGCAGGAAGUGUAGCAGCAAUCUCAGUUCUGGUUAUCUUAGUUUUAGUGGUGUUACUUGGAGGAUUCAUAUACUUUAAGUUAAGAAAUUCUGCAUAUGGACGACUACAUGAUAAUCAGGAGUAUGGAACAUGGGAAAAUUACAAUAACCCUUUGUAUGAUGAUUCUUAAGAAGACAAGCUGGCUUUAUAGGUUUGUUCAUACCCAGUCAUCAAGUGAAGAGUUUUUUUUUAUUUAUUGGAACAGCUUGGUCAAGCAUAGCUGAAUUUCUUUGAUUUCUUCCCAUUUAUUGUUUUCUGGUUUAAAUUUGUUAUUCCUCUUCCGAAAUCUCUCUGUUAUGCAAAAUAGGAGAAUUGUGUUGGAAGACUGCUCCCACACCUGAGGCAUGAUGAAGAGAUGCUGCAGUUAGUUCAGAUGAAUGAAGACUUUCAGAGUAGUCCUAAGUUAAGGAUGAUGUUAGUGCUGUAGCCAUUCGUGUUCUCAGAACUCCUCUAUAUAAGCUUCGCCAAGAAAUGAAAUACAAGUGAUUGCAGUGUAUGUAAAUAUGUUUCAGUGUGCUGCUGACACAUUUUAAGUAUCCUCACAAGAGUUCAUUUUAAUUUUAAAACCUGGACCGGUGAUUGACUAAGAGAUUCGAGGAAAUGUGACUCUCAAAUAGAAUUCCUGUUCAAAUUUUAGUCUUGCUGUACAACUCUGUGUGUGUGCGCGUGCGUGUGCGUGUGUUUCUGCGUCUGUCUGUCACCAGAUUACUCGUAUCUCAGUGUUGAAUUUCCAAAUGUAAUUUCAUCACAAUUCAAUUUCCAAGCCAGAGUUUUGGAGAUGAAUGAGAGAUGGGGAUUUUGAGAUUUAACACGGCACCACCCUCCUCAGUUCUCCUGGCUAUACUUAAUGCCAGCAAGGAUGCACGCUGCCACGAGCACGUGACCAAACUCUCUUUUCAUGGUUUUUGUGAAUCAUUUCUUUUCAAAUUUUUUCACUGUGUUGCUGUUAGGGCAGAAUUUGUUGACCAUCCUUAUUGUCCUGGAGCUGAGUGGUUUGUUCAGCUGUUUCAAUUAAGAGUCACCCUCAUUGCUGUGGGUCUGGAGUCACAUAUAGGCCAGACAGGGUAAGGAUGGCAGAUUUCCUUCCCAAAACAUAUUGAAUUACUGCCUACUGUAACUAUGAGCAUACCCUGCAAUUACAUUAAUUUAAUGAAACUGAAAUAAUAGCCCAAAAUAUGUAGUCAAACAUAAAGGGAAGUGGUUAGAUAUUGUUUGAUAAUCGUUUCAUUAUGAGCCUUGGGUGAUUUUUACAUGCAAAUCACUGAUGUUGUAAAAUAACAGGCUCAAUUUAAAAGGCCUGUUUGAAAACUGAGCUGAUUGUUUACUGAGAUAACGAGGUGUAGAGCUGGAUGAACGCAGCAGACCAAGCUGCAUCAGAGGAACAGGAAAGCUGAUGUUUUGGGCCUUGUUAUCUCAGAUUCUCCAGCAUCUGCAGUUCCUACGAUCUCUGAUGAUUUACUGUAUUUCAUGUCAACUACACAGUGCAAGGGAGAUGUAAUUUAUGGUUCAGUCAGAUGACAGGAUAUUUUUAGAUAGUUGGAACCCAAGCCAGUAUUAAUUUACGAAUUCCAGUUACAGUUCCCAAAAUACACAACUUCAUAAAACAAGGCAGGACUAAUGGAAGGUACAUGGAAAAUAGAUCAAUUACUGAUGUGGUAGGUCAGAUGACAUGAGAUUUGCUGAGGACACUAAGUUAUUUAACAAAGUGAUGCAAUUAACAGAAGCCAAUCACAGUCAACAGAUUGGGACUGAUUGAGGAGCACUGCAAGACUUUUUUUUAAAUGGAUCAGACAACCAUCAUGGAGACUGAAAUGAAAAAGAUGAGGUUAUGUGGAAGUGACAAUUAAUUUGCUUUAAUUAUCACCCAUCCAAGCAUGAGGGAUUGAUCAGGCACUGGCUUUUAUUCAGACAAGGGCAUGGGGUUGUAAAUCCAGGCAAAUUAUCUUUAUCUCAAUGAUCCAUCAAUCAGGUCAAUUUUUGGA